ACCAAGAUUGAAGCAAGCUGUGCUAGAGACGGGUCGUCAAUAAGGCCCACAAGUUUAUUCUCGCCGGCGAUCAUGCCUCGCUCGUUUCUUGUGAAAAGACGAAAGAGCGCCGAUGCAAAUUCCACGCUCGAUUCCGAUGUCACUGAAAAAACCCAAGAUCCUUCCAACAGCUCAGAAGAGAAAGAAAAAUUUGUACCUUCCUGUCAGACCAUGCAAUUUCAUCCACAACAUUUUCCUUACAACACACUGGGAAGAAAACACCACUGGGAUCACACAAAUGCUGCAUGCUUGUUAAACAGACCAGGAACUUUCCCAGAAACACCAGAAGCUUGGGUUAAAUGUGCCUCUGAGUCUGUCAAUACUCAUUGUUGUGGGUAUUUUCACGGAAAACUUGGAGAACCUUCGAGUUGUUUGUGCUGUUUGACAUCCCAAAAAUUUCUCACAAAUGUUACACAACUGCAAGUACCUCUAUGGCAUAGGAACAUGAAUUAUGACAGUGGCUGUAAUGGGAUUUUCUCACAUCAAUUUGGUCCAUUUAGUUCCAAACCAUUGUCCUGUCCAGUGGAAAGACUUGAUGUUCAUGUAAUAGAAGAAAAUGAUAAGGUAGAUGACAACUUAACCUCAGUUCAUGUUGGUAACUGCAGUACCAUGUUUGGUGUGAGAUUAGAGAACAACCCAAAAUUUGUUAAGACAGAAGAAGUAGAGGUGUUUCCAAAUGCUGCUUUGAAAGAGGAUAAAGAUGAAAUAAGGAAAGAACUUCCAACAAAGAAAAUAAAACUGACACCUGUUAAAAGCAAUGACAUGUUGACAAAGGAGGACAGUAAAAAGAGUUUAAAUCAUGAACAUAAAACUGGGAUGGAUUCUACUACAGAAAAAACAAAGCUUGAUGAUUCACCUCCUAGAGAAAAAAUUAAACAAGAGUCCCCAGAGUCAGAGACUAUUGUGUGUGGUGAUGUUCUACUCUCCCAUAGAAAAACUAAUAAAUAUGAAGAGUUUGAACAAACUUGUCAAGAAAAAGAUGGGUUGACCAACCACAAAAAGCACAAAAAACAAUCUGCAGAGGUUAAAAGAAAAGCAUCUAACCAUGAAGCAAAAAAGAUACCACAGACAAAAUCAAAGAAGGGAUCCAGGGACAGUAACACAAAGCCAUAUAACACAAGGGUAGUAACAUCUCGCCGGCCAAGAACUUACAGCAAUGAUUUUGUUCUAGCUGAAGAAGAGGAAGACUGGAAGCAAGGAAAGGAGGAUUAUCAAAUGAAGGGUAGGCAAAGGACAAAACUGAACAGGCUCUUAGCAAAUGAGCAUGAGCGUAGGAGAGUUGCACAAUUGAAUAGUGCUUACCAAGAUCUCAGACAGUUGAUUCCAGGGUAUCAAUGUGACACAAAGCUACCAAAGAUAAAAAUACUGAAAUAUGCCAUCAAUUAUAUUGCACAUCUUGAUGAUAUACUGGCAGAUGACUUCACUAGAAGUUAAAUCAGAGGUAAAUUAGUUCCAACCUCUCUCUCUCUCUGCUAUCUCUACAAAUGGCGGCAAGUAUUGUUGCCAUGCAAACAUACUAUGUUUAUUUGAUAAGCAAUUUCUUUUUUUUCUUAACCCUUAAAAUCCUGAGUGACCAGAGUCUAAUUUCUCCUCACCAUAAUACUGCUAAAUCUUCAUUUAAAUCAGGAGAAUAAAGGAAAUGAUCACCAACUUAAGAAGCUUUGAUUGAUAAACAAAUUCUCCUUGUCAGUACCAAUGGAAAUGUAAAAAGAUGAGUGUGGAGAAUAUAGAUACUGAUCAUAGGUUAUAGAAGGUUACAAAAGCUUUUAUGGCUGCUGUGUAGCAUGGGAAUCUUUCACAGU